UCUCAUUUUCCCUUACUGAAGCUGGUCAUGUCCCACCUGGCCCGAGGAUGACAACAAAAAUCAUUCAUUUUAUGGUAAAUGGGAGGCUGGAGCAGGCAGAGUUUGGAGCCAACAACUCAGCUGCAGACGUCAAAGAUCUGUUCCGGGCUGCGGCGGAGGCGGGGUCUAACCACAUCUUGAAGCUGUACGACACAAACGGCAGCGUGGUGAAGAUCUCUCCCCGGUUGGAGGCCAACAGCGAGGACUCGUACUACCGACUGGAGGUGGUGGCGUCAGACCUGCAGAGUGUGGGGAUGCCAACAGAGCUGGACGACAUGGAGAGCAGGCUGCAACACCUGGAGAGCAAAGUCAUGGAAGACGUUGGGAAAACUCCGGACAUCAUUGAUGAGCUGAAGAGCCAAGUGGAGUCUUUUAAGAGGAAGCUAGAGAGUGUGCAGCACCUGAACUGGAUGGGUCUCUUCCACAAAGACAGCGACCAUCACCGCUCCAAGUUCUCCAAGAAACCCACGACGUCUCAUCUGAGCGUGGACGAGGAGCGCCAGCAAGUCCGCAAGAAUUUCACUAUCAUGAGCUCGCUGCAGAUGACGGAAAAAGUGAGAGAGCAUCUGAAAACUCCCAAUUUCGACAACUGGCAGUGGGAGGAAGCGGAGAUGCUGGUGCUCCUCCAGGUGAUGUUCACAGACCUGGACUUCCUGAUGGUGUUCCACAUUGAGCUGGACGUCCUGCAGAACUUCCUGUUUGAGGUGUACUGUCACUACAACAGCAUCCCCUUCCACAACUUCCACCACUGCUUCUGUGUCACUCAGAUGAUGUACGGCCUGAUCUGGCUCACCGACCUCAGGAGUAGAUUACCACGACUUGACCUGUUGAUCAUGCUGACCUCGGCUCUGUGCCACGACCUCGACCACCCCGGCUACAACAACGUGUUCCAGAUCAACGCUCAGACCGACUUAGCUAUUCGCUACAACGACAUUUCACCUCUGGAAAACCACCAUUGUGCUGUCGCCUUCGGCAUUCUGUCCAAGCCGGAGUGCAACAUCCUGAAAAACCUGAGCAGUGAGCAGUACAGACUCAUCCGUGGAGGAAUGAUCAGGUGCAUUCUGGCCACCGACAUGGCGAGACACAACGAAAUUCUGAACAAGUUUAAAUCGAUCCAGCCGGCAUUCGACUUCAACAACAAGGAGCACAAAGAAGUGCUGAUGAAGAUCAUGGUGAAGGUGAGCGACAUCUCCAACGAGGCGAGGCCGAUGGCCGUGGCUGAGCAGUGGCUGGACUGUCUGCUGCAGGAGUUCUUCAACCAGAGUGACACAGAGAAACUCAAAGGUCUCCCGGUGGCUCCUUUCAUGGACCGGGACAAAGUGUCCAAACCGUCCUCUCAGACCAGCUUCAUCCGGUUUGUCCUCCUGCCGCUCUUCAGCGAGCUCACCAAGCUGUUCCCCUGUCUGGAGCAGCAUAUUCUGGAGCCGGUGCGGCAGGCCCUGGAGUAUUACUCCACCUUAGAAAGAGCCGGGAAAGACGAGGAGCCGACGACCAAAGCCUGAGGAAGAAGAGAUGGCUCCUCAUCAUCAGUCCAGUCUGAAUGUUUUACGUCUGUGUUGGCUGACAGAGCA